GAAGAGACGAUGGCUGUAGAAAACACUCUCAAACCUAAUGCUGCUACGGAAGAAGCGAAACCCAAUUCCGUAGAGCACCCCAUUGAUCGAUACAAUGAGGAAGGAGACGAUGGUGAGGAAGGAGAGAUCGUAGACGAACCGGGGAGCAAAUCCGCGGUUCCUGAAUCGCAUCCGUUGGAGCAUUCAUGGACUUUCUGGUUCGAUAACCCUUCUGUUAAAUCAAAGCAGACGACUUGGGGAAGCUCCUUACGAUCCGUCUUCACUUUCUCCAACGUCGAGGAGUUUUGGAGUUUGUACAAUAACAUGAGGCAUCCGAGCAAGCUAGCCAACGGAGCUGACUUUUACUGUUUCAAACACAAUAUUGAACCUAAGUGGGAGGAUCCUAUUUGUGCAAAUGGGGGCAAAUGGACUAUGAACUUCUCUAGGGAGAAGGCUGAUAAGUCCUGGCUUUACACCUUGCUUGCAUUGAUUGGAGAACAGUUUGACCAUGGAGAUGAAAUCUGUGGAGCUGUUGUCAACGUUAGAGGAAAGCAAGAAAGGAUAUCCAUUUGGACUAGAAACGCUUCCAACGAAGCUGCUCAGGUGAGCAUUGGGAGACAAUGGAAGGAGUUUCUUGAUUACAACAGCAGCAUUGGUUUCAUCAUCCAUGAGGAUGCUAAGAAGCUGGACAGGAGCGCAAAGAGCGCUUACACUGCCUGAAACCUAACAACCUCUCAAAUCUUACAUUGUCUCUGUUACAGUUUUGUAUGUGAGAGAAGAGAGAUCUUUCUUUAUAUCAUUAGAACAUGACCAGUGACACAGUCUUUGUUCUCAAGUGGUGAUUGUUCACACCUCUCCACACUAUUUCGUUUACUAUUAGUAUAUUAAUUAUUUACUCUGUUACCGUGACAAAAAUAAAAAUAAAAU